GGCUCGACACCUUUCUCAGCUUCUCCCUCCCGCAGCUCCAGUGCCCGAGCUUCGGCUCUCCCAGUUCCCCAACCCACCCCUUCCCCUCCCCGACAAGCCCCGCUAGAGCCCAGUGGGGACCCCCCCGAUCCUCGACCCCACCCUAAACCCCCAGAAGCUGCCUUUCUCCUCCCCAGUCCCCUAGCUUGGGGUCCAGCCAGCCCAGUGGACCCAGGCGCCUGAGCAGGAGGGUAACCCAGGCCACCCGGCCCCUUCGGCCCUCUCAGCCCCACCCCCUGCAGCCGGAGCCGCGCCCCCUCUACCACAGAGCCGGGAGAAGAGGACAGAGGAGACUGAGCAAAGGGGGGUGGGCUCCAGGCGACCCCUAGCCCAAUUCUGCCCCUCCAUCCCAAGGGGCAGAGAAAUUGUCUUUCUUUGCUGACCCCUACCAGGAAAAAAAAAAAAAAGAAUUAAAGGGAAAGAUAAACGGAGACGGAGGAAAGGUGGCAGCCAGAUUACUUAGAGAGGCACAGAGAGAGAUCGGGGUGAGUCGCCAUGGGGACUCCCAGGGCCCAGCACCCGCCGCCUCCCCAGCUGCUGUUCCUAAUUCUGCUGAGCUGUCCCUGGAUCCAGGGUCUGCCCCUGAAGGAGGAGGAGAUAUUGCCAGAGCCUGGAAGUGAGACCCCCACGGUGGCCUCUGAGGCCCUGGCUGAACUGCUUCAUGGGGCCCUGCUGAGGAGGGGCCCGGAGAUGGGCUACCUGCCGGGAUCUGAUCCGGACCCCACGCUAGCCACCCCUCCGGCCGGCCAGACUCUCACAGUGCCCUCCCUGCCACGGGCCACUGAGCCGGGGACAGGGCCUUUGACAACAGCCGUCACCCCUAACGGGGUCAGGGGGGCAGGCCCCACUGCGCCAGAACUGCUGACCCCUCCCCCAGGAACCACAGCCCCACCCCCACCCAGCCCUGCCUCCCCAGGGCCUCCCCUUGGGCCUGAGGGAGGAGAGGAGGAGACGACGACCACCAUCAUCACCACGACAACUGUUACCACUACGGUGACCAGCCCAGUUCUAUGUAAUAACAACAUCUCCGAGGGCGAAGGGUAUGUGGAGUCUCCAGAUCUGGGGAGCCCUGCCAGCCGCACCCUGGGGCUCCUGGACUGCACUUACAGCAUCCAUGUCUACCCUGGCUACGGCAUUGAGAUCCAGGUGCAGACGCUGAACCUGUCACAGGAAGAGGAGCUCCUGGUGCUGGCUGGUGGGGGAUCCCCAGGCCUGGCCCCCCGACUCCUGGCCAACUCGUCCAUGCUUGGAGAAGGACAAGUCCUUCGGAGCCCAACCAACCGGCUGCUUCUGCACUUCCAGAGCCCACGGGUCCCAAGGGGCGGUGGCUUCAGGAUCCACUAUCAGGCCUACCUCCUGAGCUGUGGCUUCCCUCCCCGGCCGACCCAUGGGGACGUGAGUGUGACGGACCUGCACCCCGGGGGCACUGCCACCUUUCACUGUGAUUCAGGCUACCAGCUGCAAGGAGAGGAGACCCUCAUCUGCCUCAAUGGCACCCGGCCAUCCUGGAAUGGUGAAACCCCCAGCUGCAUGGCAUCCUGUGGUGGCACCAUCCACAAUGCCACACUGGGCCGCAUCGUGUCCCCAGAGCCUGGGGGAGCUGUAGGGCCCAACCUCACCUGCCGUUGGGUCAUUGAAGCAGCUGAGGGGCGCCGGCUGCACCUGCACUUCGAGAGGGUCUCGCUGGAUGAGGACAAUGACCGGCUGAUGGUGCGCUCAGGGGGCAGCCCCCUAUCCCCCGUGAUCUAUGAUUCGGACAUGGACGAUGUCCCCGAGCGGGGUCUCAUCAGUGACGCCCAGUCCCUCUAUGUGGAGCUGCUGUCAGAGACACCUGCCAAUCCCCUGCUGUUAAGCCUCCGAUUUGAAGCCUUUGAGGAGGAUCGCUGCUUCGCCCCCUUCCUGGCACAUGGAAACGUCACUACCACGGACCCUGAGUAUCGCCCAGGGGCACUGGCAACCUUCUCGUGCCUCCCAGGAUAUGCCCUGGAGCCCCCUGGGCCCCCCAAUGCCAUCGAAUGUGUGGAUCCCACAGAACCCCACUGGAACGACACAGAGCCGGCCUGCAAAGCCAUGUGUGGAGGGGAGCUGUCGGAACCAGCUGGCGUGGUCCUCUCUCCCGACUGGCCCCAGAGCUAUAGCCCCGGCCAAGACUGCGUGUGGGGCCUGCACGUCCAGGAAGAGAAGCGCAUCUUGCUCCAAGUCGAGAUAUUGAAUGUGCGGGAAGGGGACAUGCUGACGCUGUUCGACGGGGACGGUCCCAGCGCCCGAGUCUUGGCCCAGCUGCGGGGACCUCAACCGCGCCGCCGCCUCCUCUCCUCUGGGCCCGACCUCACACUGCAGUUUCAGGCACCGCCCGGGCCCCCAAAUCCAGGCCUGGGCCAGGGCUUCGUAUUGCACUUCAAAGAGGUCCCGAGGAACGACACUUGCCCCGAGCUGCCACCUCCGGAGUGGGGCUGGAGGACGGCAUCCCACGGGGACCUGAUCCGGGGCACGGUGCUCACCUACCAGUGCGAGCCUGGCUACGAGCUGCUAGGCUCCGACAUUCUCACUUGCCAGUGGGACCUGUCUUGGAGCGCCGCGCCGCCCGCCUGCCAAAAGAUCAUGACUUGUGCUGACCCUGGCGAGAUUGCCAACGGGCACCGCACCGCCUCGGACGCCGGCUUCCCUGUUGGCUCCCAUGUCCAGUACCGCUGCCUGCCAGGGUACAGCCUCGAGGGGGCAGCCAUGCUCACCUGCUACAGCCGGGACACAGGCACACCCAAGUGGAGCGAUAGGGUCCCCAAAUGCGCCUUGAAGUACGAGCCGUGCCUGAACCCGGGGGUUCCCGAGAAUGGCUACCAGACGCUGUACAAGCACCACUACCAGGCGGGCGAGUCUCUGCGCUUCUUCUGCUACGAGGGCUUUGAGCUUAUCGGCGAGGUCACCAUCACCUGUGUGCCCGGCCACCCCUCCCAGUGGACCAGCCAGCCCCCACUUUGCAAAGUUGCCUAUGAGGAGCUCCUGGACAACCGAAAACUGGAAGUGACCCAGACCACAGAUCCAUCACGGCAGCUGGAAGGGGGGAACCUGGCCCUGGCCAUCCUGCUGCCUCUAGGCUUGGUCAUUGUCCUCGGCAGUGGCGUUUACAUAUACUACACCAAGCUUCAGGGAAAGUCCCUUUUUGGCUUCUCGGGCUCCCACUCCUACAGCCCCAUCACCGUGGAGUCGGACUUCAGCAACCCGCUGUAUGAAGCUGGGGAUACGCGGGAGUAUGAAGUUUCCAUCUGAACCGCAAGACUACAGCUGCAGGACCCAGGACGCCUCUCCCCUCCUCAUUUGGGCAGAGGGAAGUAUGGGACCCGGUCUCUGCCUCCUGGCUGCCCUCCUCCCUGGCUGUGUAAAUAGUCUCCCCAUCCCACGAGGGGGCUUUGAUGGCCCUGGCGAUCCUACAGUAAAUAAACCAGCAUCCUGCCGCCCAAAGCCGCCUCUUCUCAGUUGCCAAACGAGGGGCCUGCCCCCUACCCUACUGGCUUUUGGAUUCUGGGAGGGGAACUCUGCCUCCCUGAAUAUCUUGCAGCCCCUCCUGCCCAGGGCACCCCUCAAGGACUGCCCCCGAUAGCUCUACUGUUCCCUUGGCCACGAAGGCACCCCCCUCCCAGAUGCCCUGGCCCUAGGCCUGACUCCAGCCAGGAGGGUCAGAAGAAGGAACCAAGGGGAGAGCUGGGACAAGGCCUUGCCCCCUUCCUGCCAUCUCCCCAACCCGCAGUCUCUCUACCUUUGCUUCUGAAUUCUUGUUUUUGAGCAAUAAACAGAAAAUCACCACUUGUAA